AUGUGUAAAGAACCGAGAGAGCUAUAUGAAUGGAAUGCCCGUUAUAGGAGCAAGUUCGGGUUUGUCUUUUUGAUUUUUGCCUCGGGUAGAAGUACCCCAGAGAUACUUGCUGAGUUGAAGAGACGGUAUCAGAACAGGCCAAUAGUCGAGUUUCAGAUAGCAGCUCAGGAACAGAUGAAGAUAACCGAGUUACGUGUAUCUAAGCUAUUUUCAGCUGAAAUAACCGAUGGUCUCACCUCCAAAAACCCAUACACUUCUACAAAUGUGGUGACCAAAGCUGGAGAAGACCGUGUGAGCAUCAUAGGGGGACACCUGGCAGGCCCAAAGUCCGAAGCCCGAACGUCGACCCGAACCCGCCCGCCCAUCACGACCCAUAUUCUCGAUGUGGCCCGUGGGGCUCCAGCCUUGGGCAUUGAUGUUCGCCUCGAGAUGUGGGGUGAUAAGCUCACCCGCCCUUUUUUGGGCCAAAAAGAAACCGACUAUUCGGGCUCUUGGAAGCCCGUGGGCCGUUCGACCACGGACAAAGAUGGGCGAGCUGGCGAGUUGAUGGACAUUGUUGAUGACUUGAGCCCGGGAGUCUACCGAAUAAGUUUCGACACUGGAAAGUACAAUCCGAAUGGGUUUUUUCCGUACGUUUCGAUUGUGUUUGAGGUUAGGGAAGGGCAGUCGAGGGAGCAUUUUCACGUGCCGUUGCUGCUGUCUCCGUUUUCGUUCUCGACUUAUCGUGGGAGCUGA